AUGGAAAGAUCAGUUGGGUCCGAUAUCCCGGCAAGCUCCGAGACUAUACCUUCUCGGAGUUGUGAAAAAUGCAACCAGAGGAAGACUCGCUGCAGCAGGACCAUCCCAUGUACUAGUUGUGUCAAGCUAGGGGUGGAGUGUAUUUUUCCACCACCCGGUCGAGCACCCCGCAGAAGAAAGAGAGCCCUAAAAGCGGAAUUGGUAUCACGAGUGAUGUACCUGGAGCACCGGCUCCAGGACCUUGGCGAGGACCCCAAGCCUCAGGCCCCUCCCUCCAAGCAUGACGAUUCACACUCAGAAGACACGUCUAGGGUCAGCGACAUUGUCUUUCCCUUGGAGCCUCAAAACAACGAGAGCGCUACAGGUGCGGCGACGAAUGGUCCUUUUGGGCAGCUAAUAACCGAUGGCGAGGGACGACAAUACGUGGAGCAUGAAGCUCUUGUUGGAUUUCAAAAUGAGAUUAUGAGCAGUUUCAGCAGGGAUUCAUCAACCAAAGAGACAAGGCAGAGUCAAUUCCAGGCAACAAACCCAAGUGCAUACAUGUUCGGAUUCCGGGCUCUUGCACAAUCUCUUAAUGGACUACACCCAGCACCACUCACCAGCCACCUUCUGUGGGAGACCUAUGAGAGGAAUGUGGCACCAUUGGUUUCGAUUCUUCACAAACCAACAAUUCAUCGUCUGGUCCGGAAAGCAGCCACUAACGCUGAAUUCCUCAGCUCAACCGAUGAAGCACUAGUAUUUGCUGUUUAUUUUGCUGCAGUUGCCAGCAUCAAGCCUGAAGACUGCCUCGAGACAUUGGGAAGUGAUCAUGAGACAUUAAUUCAGCACUAUCGCUUUGCAACAGAGCAAGCACUCGCUCGGGCAAACUUUCUGAAAACACGCAGUCUGGCUGUACUGCAAGCCUUGGUGGUUUUCCUUACUGCUUUGUGGCAGGCUGAAGACGAAAAUUUCAUUUGGGCUAUGACAUCUGUGGCGUACAGACUUGCCCAGGGAUCUGGUCUACAUCGCGAUGGGUCUCAUCUUGGCUUGAGUCCCUUUGAAACAGAGAUGCGCCGGCGGCUCUGGUGGUAUAUCUACCUUCUUGACGCACAAUCCUCAGAAGCACAGGCCAUAGGUCGCCUGAUAUAUGAGGGAAGCUACGACACUAAGCUUCCGCUCAAUGUCAAUGACAAAGACUUAUCCCCCGAGGCAACAGAGCAAUUCACAGAACGCAUUGGAUUUACGGAAAUGACAUUUUGUCUGAUUCGAUGCGAAAUCAACAUUCGAUCUCGCCAGAUAUGCGGAAAUUCAAGACCCAGUCUUACACCAAGGCGGCCAUCCAUUGAAGAGACUGAGAAGAACCUGAACGAGAUCAACUCUUAUCUGGAAAAAGACUACCUCAAGUUCUGUGAUUUAAAUGUCCCAAUUCAGUGGACUGCAGCUACAAUAACACGUAUCGCGCUGGCGCGGUCAUGGCUGAUAGCCCAUUUCACUCUGAUCACUACCGGCGAGCUCAGCUCAGAGCGGUGGCAACAGCGACGUGAAACUCUCUUCCAAACUGCAAUCGAUGUUUUAGAAUUCACCCAUUUGCUAGAAACGAGUACAGAGACAGCAGAUUGGAUCUGGCUGUUUCAGAUGUAUCGACAGUGGCAUGCUCUGAUCUUUAUAUUAUCUGAAAUAUGCGUUCGACCAGCAUCGGCCACUACAAAUCGUGCCUGGGUGAUAGCAGAUUUGAUGUUCCAACGUUGGCAGCAGAAUGGGCCGCCCAAAGGAUGGGUGCUUUGGAAGCCGCUCUCGCGUCUGCAUGAGCGCGCUGCUACAGAACGCACGAAGCAACAUGGUGUGCUGGAUAUCGAGCAGCUUGAAAAUAAUCUUCAAUUUCCGGGUCUACCUUGUGCAGACUCAUCGCAGAUAUCUUUCGAUUGGACUUCUCAGGUCCUUGGUCCUGAUUCUGUGGAUCCAGAUGUCUCGGGGUCUGUAAUUGAUACUUCGGCCAUGGACAUAUACCGUGAGAUGAUGCAGGGUGCUGGGUCAAUAUUCAAUUGGGAUCAGGGAGAUGUUGACCUAGGGGAUUGA